ACAAACCGGCAAGCACUACAGAAAGAGAUGCUGCGGCGACGUCCCCUCACAUCGCCCUCCGCCCAGCAGCAGCAGCCCUCUCCAAACUAUUGGUGACGCGCUGGGAAGCACCUAGCACUAUGUGCGCGCCCGCGGGAGGGGCCGAUAGAAAAUGGCGAGCCUGUGCAAGAGGCAGCAAUGCACGGUAGAGAGGCGCGGCUUUCGGCAGGAACUUGACUCGUGGAGGCACAAACUCAUUCACUGUGUAGGGUUCGAGAGCAUCCUGGAAGGCUUGUUUGGGUCCGGACUAAUCGACAACAUCACCCUCUUUCAAGACUGCGAGCCCACGGAGGUUUCAGACUGGUCUUUUGAUGAGAAACUGUCUCUUCUGCUGCUCGAGGCGGGAGAAAAAGGUGAAGCGGACAGAAGAGGACCGUGUUGUGGACAGCCAGGUGAACCAGAGUGACGAGCAGUCUAGGAUCUGUCUGGAGAGGCAGGCACAAGACUUCCUCAAUGCUGUGUUGCACAGGAAAGGUACAGACAAAAAUACACACACACACACAAGCAUGUGAAUAGCUUUCAAAAAACGUGCAAGAAAUUACGUAUAUAUGUGGACGUUCAUUAUUUAUUAUAAUUAAUGCUUAACCAGACAGUUAAAAGACAUCAAUGUGUCAAAACAGAUGAAUAUGAAAAUCAAGAAAUACAUAAUUAAUGUUAUCAUAAGGUAUUUGUCCGAUUUUAUGAAAAUGUCUUCCUUUGUGUAAGGAACUUUCUUUAAUAUAUAUAGGACUGUCUAAUUUGUCAUUUGUGGCUCUUCAGUAAUUGUUUGAAAUCUCUCCUACCUCAUUAGAUAAGCAUUUCAGUCCGUGGAAAAAACACUCAAUGCCUGUGUAAUUAUAGAACUCUAACUGAACAUAUUUUGACAUCUUGUCUUUUUUCAAUUAAUGUAUUAUUUCUUAAUAAGGUGUUGAAACAUUUGUUUGACAAGAAAGUGUGUUCUUAUUAUUAGUUAGUAGUAGGUAAUUUUUUCUCUGUGCUGGCGCUGUUAAGUGAUUUCGUUUCAAGACGCGUAGAUAAAAUGUUUUUUUAUUAAUCCCAGCAGAAACCACAGGACAGUAGUCAAAUUUAAAUAUAUUAAAUGAGAUACAAAAUAUGAGACAUAAAUAUACGAAUAAAAACCGUACAUUUAUGCCUAAAGUGAAGAGUGAAAAUGACUUAAGGAGAUUCAGAGAAUACAUCUAUAUGCAUAACAACACUGUGCAAUAUAUGUAUAUAAGAACACUGUGGUUUUCACACAAUGUAAUAGUUGUCUGGGGUUU